AGGCGCGGAAGCGGAAGGCGGUGUCGCCAUGGCAGCGCGGAAGCGGAAGGCGCGGGCGAUGGCGGCGGGCGGCGCGGCGCUGUGGUGGCGGCUCUCGGCCUGGCUGCCGCGGGGCCGCCUCGGCCUGGCCGCGCUGCUCGGCCGCCUCUCCGACCGCCUCUCCCGCGGUCGCGACCGUCGCGCCCGCAGAUCAUCAUGGCUCCUUCUAGCCCCACUACUCACUCCUCCUGUUCCAGUGAUCACAGCCCCACCGUGUUCACUCUGUCCAGAAGGAGCGCACAGGUUCCAGUGGAUCAGGAAUCUGGUCCCAGAGUUUGGGAUCUCCAGCUCGCAUGUCAAGGUGCUUUCAUCCCCGGCGGAAUUCUAUGAACUCCUGAAGGUGCAGAUAAAAGCAGCCAAGCAGCGGGUGGUGAUGGCCUCACUGUACCUGGGAACAGGAGUCCUUGAGCAGGAGCUGGUGUAUUGCUUAGAAGAAACACUGGAGAAAUCACUGCAAGCAAAAGGCUCACCUGACCUCAGAGUUUCCAUUCUCCUCGACUACACCAGGGGUUCCCGGGGCAGGAAGAAUUCUCGAACGAUGCUGAUCCCGUUGCUGCAGCGAUUUCCCGAGCAGGUCCGCGUGUCCCUCUUCCACACCCCAAACCUGCGUGGACUGCUCCGGCUCCUGAUUCCAGAGCGCUUCAACGAGACCAUUGGGCUGCAGCACAUCAAGGUCUAUCUCUUCGAUGACAACGUGAUCCUGAGCGGUGCAAACCUGAGUGAUCUGUACUUCACCAAUCGUCAGGACCGCUACAUCCUGCUGCAGGACUCUCCCGAGAUUGCAGACUUCUUCACGGAGCUCGUGGAUGCAAUUGGAGAUGUGUCCCUGCAGUUACAGCAGGAUGAUACAGUCCAGAUAAUGGAGGGAAUGGUACACCCAUACCAAGGAGACAAAGUGGCUUACUGCGAGAUUGCCCACCGGAAGGUCAUGGAGGUCAUCAACUCUGCCCGCACACGGCAGGAGCUCCUUCAUGCAAAGACUUUCCACAGCAGCCAGCCAGGCAGCUCCCUCUUAUCCCAGCAAGGCUCUCAAGCAUCUGAGAGUCUGAAACCGGAACCUGACACCUGGAUCUAUCCCUUAAUCCAAAUGAAACCUUUUGGGAUUCAAAUAGACGAGAUGGUCACAGAGACACUGCUGACAGAGGCUGAGCGGGAUGCCAGGAUAUACCUCACCACUGGCUACUUCAACUUGACACAGGCCUACAUGGACCUCAUCCUGGGCACAAGGGCCGAGUACCGGAUCCUCCUGGCCUCGCCAGAGGUCAAUGGGUUUUUUGGUGCCAAAGGGGUGGCAGGUGCCAUCCCUGCUGCCUAUGUUUACAUUGAACAUCAGUUUUACAGUGAGGUCUGCUGCCUGCAGCAGCAGGAGAGGGUGCAGCUGCAGGAGUACUCCCGUGCUGGGUGGACGUUCCAUGCCAAAGGCCUCUGGUUGUACUUGGCAGGGAGUGACCUGCCCUGCCUGACCCUGAUUGGCUCUCCAAAUUUUGGAUAUCGAUCAGUUCAUCGUGACUUGGAAGCUCAGGUUGCAAUAGUGACAGAAAAUAAAGCCUUGCAGCAGCAGCUGCAUCAGGAGCAAGAGCAGCUUUACCUCUGCUCAGGUGUGGUCUCAACAUCAACGUUUGAGCAGCCAAGUCGUUAUGUGAAACUGUGGGUGAAGCUGGUGACACCUUUGAUCAAGAAUUUCUUUUGAAAGGAGAAAAGUUGCUGCUUUGGGUUGGGUGUGGGGGAACUGGACCAAAUCUGCACCUUUCUUCUCCCGUCUGCUCCAGCCAGACAGAUGCUCCAUGCAGGAGCAUGAGGAGUUUCUGCUCAGUUUGCCAUCACACAAAGAGCUGUGGGAAGAUGGAGAGCCAGAAGAGGGAAAGGAGUCGGGCACUUGUGUGCAGUUGUCUGUCUGGCUUCCCACGGUGGUCUGGCUCCCCACCAGCUCCACGUCAGAAACCACCAGUGGAAAACCUGGAUCUGCCCUGAGAACCCCGUGUGCUGCGAGAGCAGGCUCCACACAGCAGUGCUUCCAGCACUGGUUUUAUUGAUACUUUGCUAAAAUGGUUCUGGUACAAUCAAACAUAGACUGAGUUACACAACGUGAAGGUUUUUACAAAUAAAAGUACUGCUGUUCUCCAUUGUCUUUAAAGUCUAGGCCUCUAGGAGCAGCGCCACACCAGCCAGCACCCACUUGGCAGCUUUUUCUUUUGUCUUCAGGUUGAAGGUCCAGACGUAGGUGGGCCCUCUCGUCCGUGUCUUGUAGACGGGGCACUCGUAGACGUUGACGGUGUCCAUGCGGUCCACGGGCACGGCUCUGAGCAGGAUCACCGGCAUCUCGGGCGUCAGCUCCUUCAUGCGCGAGUCCGCGAUGGAGCCCGAGGGCACGUCCCAGCGCGCACCUGCAGUGACAGCCGUGACAGCUGGGACAGCCCUCAGGGCACCCUGCCACCCCGGGCUGCUCCCCGAGGGCCCUUCCUCACAGCUACGCACGGCUGGGGGCUCCGAGGCUAAGGUUAGGUGGAGUGGCUCAAUGGUGGUUAGGUCUGACAUGUUCUCAUCUCACUGUGACCCGCGACUGCAUUUGCCUUACUGUGUGUGGGAUGUCUGAAUAAAUUCUGUCCCCACCCCUCC